GGCUUCUUUCUACAUAUACUGGAUAUGCGAGAGAAAGCGACUUUUCAGAACAACGACGACCCAUGAAAAUUCGUUACUGUUCCUUUAUAGCCUCUAUAAGCUAGUUCCUAAGCCUGUUUUUACUUUGAUACUUGUACCAGUUCACACGUAGUAUGUAGUAUUCGCGCGAGAGAAAGAAGCGUCGACGAACGAACAAAGAGAUUGUCUUUUACUAAUAAAUCGUAAAAUCGCUCUAUAGAAAAAAAAAGAAACGAAAAAAGAAAAAAGAAAAGGAACAAAAAAAACACGAAAAUUUGUCCCCUCUUCAGCAGCAGAGCAGCAAUUUUGCCAUUUUAUAACUCGCGUCAAACACGGCCGCGACCGCAACGUUGCAGCGAGAGCAGCAGCAGCAGCAGCGGCAGAUUGCGGUGGCAGCCCGGCCGUAGUGUAGGUAACGCAAUUAGCCCGGACGUUAAUUUACUCAAUGAUCGCGCGACGCAGCAACUCGGCCUACAACUAUAAGUGCCGGCACGCGCCUACCCCCUGCCGCGAGAGAUCGAGCCUGUCCGAGAUGUGUACCGCUGCAUAGGCACAGGCACGCGCGCCGCUUCCCAGCCUACUCUCUCAGGCCGGUCUGUAAUUGAUCCGGCUGUAAGCGAGUUGCGGCCGAACUUUGUCGAGAGACGCUCUCAUAUCCGAAGGACUAAAUUAUGCGAGUAUAGAAUCGUGCAAUUAUCGUCGGAAAAUUGAAGCAAGCUCAGCUUCUCGGAGAGCGCGCAAAAGUCGAGUGGGGGAAAAAAAAAAAAUAUGUCGCCCCCUUUGCCGAGUGCGCGCAAGCGUACAAAAGAAGUCGAAGAAUGCGCGCGAGAACUUCAUAAUCCAUCCAUGAGGUAUGUGCAGCGCGCCGCGGUCUUUUUCCGCGCUUCAAAAGAAAUUUCACGAAUGCGCGCGCGAGCGGAAUUCCCGACGAGUCGCCCCUCUUUUUUUUUUUUUUUUUUACGACAAAAGUUGGACGCGCGGCAUUAAAAUGCGAUCGAGUACUUUUUAAUUUUCAGCAACGUACACUCGCGCACCGAGUUUUCGAAAGUGCCUCCUCCAGUAAUACCGUAUAGGAGUAGCGAGGGCGAGCGCGAGUUAACAGGAUAAUCAACAUGAAGCACCGCGACAAAACAGAUUUGCCCGCAGCAAAGCAGCCGGCCGCCGUGCAUAAUACCUCAAUCUGCCCGCCGCGGCGCAUCUCCACCUCCCUACUGCAUCUCGAAAUGAGGAAAAGAAGCGGCCGGCGCACCUAUAUAGCCAGAGGCACGCGAAUAGAUAAGAGUCGCGCGCAGAGCCCGAGACGGAGCGCGUCAUGGCAACGAGGGGUGAGCUCCGCCCCCGGAGGCGUCGCGGCACCGGCCAAUAGCGAGCUUGCAACCCCUGCAAGUAGGGACCGACGAGGAGCAGCGGAGGAGCCGCUGAGGACGAUUGCCGCACGGUCAAUCGCGCGCGCGCGCAGGUCUGACGCACCGGAGCGAACACGUGCACGACUUUGCCCGCUGCGAUAUCCGCGAUGCCGACGGCAGCCGUCCGACCGACCCUCGCGAGGAUUACGCCGACGCGAGCGAGCAUGUGCGCGGUGUGAUCGGAAAAAGCUCGGCCGAGACAUUUUCGUCGUCGCCAAGCGAGAUGCUGGAGAACGCGCCGGGGCCCAUCGUCGAGCGCCGAGGGAGCUCCGAGCAGUCGAGGUGAGCGAAUCGAGUUCAGACGCGCCAGCCAGAGUCCGGAAAUGCAGUCGACGUGCCAGCAGCAGCAGCAGCAGCUGCAGCAGCAGCAGCAGCAACAGCAGCAGCAGCAGGCGCAGCAGCAGAACGCGAGCUCGGCCAGCCGCACGUCCUUCCUCAUCGAGGACAUCCUGAGUCGGGGCAACGCCGCCGCGGCCGCGGCCGUCGCGGCUCACAAUCAGCAGCACAGCAGCAGCAACGGACACGCCGUUCACCAUCAUCAGGGCGCGCAUCACCACGGCCUGUCGAGUUCGCAGCAGCAGCAGCAGCAGCAGCACACGCAGUACCAGCAGUUUGCGAUCAACAAUCUGCUGCCGGGCUACCCGACGGGGCCGCCCGCCGCGGCGGCCUUUUUCCUCGGGCCGCUGUUCGGCGGAGCCGGCAUGGGCGUCGGCGUCGUGCCCGGUGUCGGCGAGCUUGCGGCGCUCAAGCACUGCCGCCGACGGAAAGCCAGGACGGUCUUCAGCGACCAGCAGCUGGCAGGUCUGGAGGCGCGCUUCGAGGCCCAGCGCUACCUCAGCACCCCCGAGCGAGUCGAGCUUGCGGCGGCGCUUCACCUCUCGGAGACGCAGGUCAAGACGUGGUUCCAGAAUCGUCGGAUGAAGCACAAAAAGCAGCUCCGAAAGCUCGGCAGCGCCGGAAGCGGGAACACCGGGAGCAGCGGAUCGACGAGUCAGUCAACGGCGCAGGGCACUGCUCACUCGGCGCCGACUGCGUCACCUGCUGAGCGACCGGUCGACUUCUCGCUGGGCGGCGGCAACGGCCGCUCGAGUCGCGCCUCGAGCGACGCCAUGGCCGACUCGGACGAGGACGAGAUCGACGUGCUGGGCGACGAGACGCCGCCGACGGGCUCGCCAUCGCCGCCGAGCCUCCAGCAGACUCGGCGCCAGAACGUCCCCUCGCCGAAGGACCAGCAGCCGCUGCUGCACCAGCACCAGCACCACUUGCAUCAGCCGGCCGCCGUCCACCAGCAGGUCAUCGGACUCGGCCACCUCCAUCAGCGACAUCAUCGCUGAGAAUCACGUCAAUAGUUUUAAUUUAGAUCUUGUAUUGUACGUGUGCCCGCACUGCUGACCACGAUAUGACUAUGAUGGAUUCGGUACCGUGGUGCGGCCUCUGCAAUGUGCGACUGCUGUGUACAUAUAGUUCGGCCUCGUGUAUAGCUAGUUGAAUUUUUACAAACGUUCGUCGUGUGUCGUUUCGUCGUUUCUUGGAUCACUUACGUUCUAGAGAUACUCAUUGUAGCCUUUUAUAGCGAGCGAGGAGCCAAUCCGCUGUGUAAAUACAAGUUAAUGCAACAGUACGAAUAAUGAAUAAUAAUCGCAAGAGCAGCUACA